ACUCACUUCCAGCAAUCCACUUCAGAGCCGCCGCUCAAGCCAACCAACAAAAUGGCCUUCAAGCUCGUCGUCCUCGCCGCCGCCUUGGCUGUUGCCAACGCUGGUCUGAUCGGCGCCCCCGUGUCCUACGGCUACGCCGCCGCCCCCGCCGUGUCCUACGGCUACGCCGCUGCCCCCGUGGCCGUCGGCACCCCCACCCUCACCUCCCAGUCCUCCAACACCCUGAGGACCUUCGGCAACCAGGGCCAGAUCUCCCACGAGAGCAAGACCAUCCAGACCCCCUUCUCCAGCGUGUCCCGCUCUGACGUGCGCGUCAGCAACGACGCCCAGAUCCUGGCCCACACCCCCGUCGCCGCCUACGCCGCCCCCGCUGCGUACGCCGCCCCCGUCGCCCACGCCUACGCCGCCCCCGCUGCCUACGCCGCCCCCUCCGUCUACGCCGCCCCCGUCGCCAAGGCCGUCGCUGCUCCCCUCGGCGUCGCCUACUCCGCCGCCCCCGUGGUCUCCCACAUGACCUACACCGGCUCCUACGGUGUGCAGUACGCCUACUAAGCUGUGAUACCGUGACUCUUAUUUAUUUCACUAUUUAUUUACUUAAAUGCGCCAAUAAAUAAGCGUUGCAAAAACUCUA